AUUUAUUUAUUUCGAGAAGUAUUGAGUUCAAGCAUAGCUUGAUAAAGAUUUCUGGACGUGGGGUCUGAGAAUCCCAGUCCACAUGACCAAAACUAGUCUCUCUAUCCUUUUCGCUCUUUCAAGGUAAGUUUGGAGAGAAGACAAUGGUGAGAAGUGAAAGAUGAAGAAAAGAAAGAACUUGUUAUGCAUGUCCCAUGGCCUGUCAUUGUGCUCACUACGCCUUCUCACCAUCACCACACAUGCGAUAUUUCUCCAUCAACAACAUCACCAAGCUAUCAUCUAAAGUGACCAAACCUACCGUUCUUUCCUCCAUUGACAACAGCAGGGCUUCCUAUAACACAUUGGUCUCCGAGGCAGUUAGACUUUUGGGUCCUCCAGCAAAAUUUGAAGCUUCAAAGCUGAAAGUUGUCUUGAUGGGCGAAGAGAUGAAUCAAUACUCUGCGAUCAUCCCUCGAACCUAUAUCUUGUCUCAUUGUGACUUCACAGCAGACCUAACCUUAAUCAUCUCCAAUGUCAUCAACCUAGAUCAGCUAAGAGGUUGGUAUAGCAAGGAUGAUGUGGUUGUUGAAUGGAAGAAACUAGAAGGACAAUUGGCUCUGCAUGCCCAUUGCUAUGUGAGCGGUCCCAAUCUCUUGUUAGACCUUGCCGCUGAGUUCAGAUACCACAUAUUCUCAAAGGAAAUGCCUUUGGUAAGUGUUCUCGUGUGCAAUUCCUUGUGUACUUCAGAAUUAUUUGGACAAAUCUUUGGGCUAUUGCAUACACUAGUACUCUUCUCCACCAUUUCUAAGGUAUGUUCAAGUCAGGUACUUGAAGCUGUGUUAGAUGGAGAUGCGGCACUUUUCACAAAACAUCCUGAGCUAAAGGAUUCUUUAGUUUGGGUAUAUUUCCAUUCUAGAUUACCCAAGUACAACCGAUUGGAGUGUUGGGGGCCAUUGAAGGAUGCUGCUCAGGGGCGACCACGGGAUCAGCGAGGUUUUUCUGUGGCGAGCAAGGCUAGUUCACGUAUUUCAAGAAAGUCGGGAUGACCAAAGUCCAUUUUCCAAACUCUUUUUGCCUUCCUUCUUUGAUGUGCUCUCUCCAUAAGCAGCAUAAUCUCAAAGGCGAAUUUCCAUGGCCAGAGUUGAAAGGACUCUGCUUACAUAACAUACAGACACCAAAGUUGAAGUUGCAGUAGAACAAUGAUUGUUUGAGGGACGGUUGAUUCUUUUGCAAGUAACUCAUUUCUUUCAUUGGAAAUAUUAAUUGACAAUAUUCUUGUGCUGCUCAUAACAUUUGUUAAUUUGGCUAAGGCUGGGUGAAGUCUUAGUCGCUUCGUGAUUAAAACACUAAAAUUGGAGUCCUAUUCGGUCCUC